UAAAUUAUCAUGAGAGAAAUCGUUCACUUGCAAGCCGGUCAAUGCGGCAAUCAAAUUGGAGCCAAGUUUUGGGAAGUAAUAUCUGAAGAACAUGGGAUUGACCAAACGGGAAUUUACCACGGUGACAGCGAUCUUCAGCUAGAAAGAAUUGCUGUUUAUUACAAUGAAGCUUCCGUCGCAACAUCAACAAACGGAGGAAAAUACGUCCCGCGAGCAAUCCUGCUGGACUUGGAGCCCGGAACAAUGGACGCAGUGCGUUCAGGAGCGUACGGGAAGUUGUUCCGCCCGGACAACUACGUCUUCGGUCAAUCCGGAGCGGGUAACAACUGGGCAAAGGGCCACUACACCGAGGGCGCUGAACUUGUAGACUCAGUCCUGGACGUAGUCCGCAAAGAGUGCGAGAACUGCGACUGCCUUCAAGGCUUCCAGCUGACCCACUCUCUGGGCGGUGGAACUGGCUCAGGAAUGGGAACCCUGCUGAUCUCUAAGAUCCGCGAGGAGUACCCGGACAGAAUCAUGAACACCUACUCAGUGAUGCCUUCCCCGAAGGUGUCCGACACCGUUGUCGAGCCCUACAACGCGACCUUGUCAGUCCACCAGCUGGUGGAGAACACCGACGAGACUUACUGUAUCGACAACGAGGCUCUCUACGACAUCUGCUUCCGCACAUUGAAGGUCGCCAAUCCGUCCUACGGAGACCUGAACCACCUGGUCUCUCUGACGAUGUCGGGAGUGACCACUUGCCUGAGGUUCCCCGGACAAUUGAACGCGGACCUUCGGAAGCUGGCCGUCAACAUGGUUCCGUUCCCGCGGCUCCACUUCUUCAUGCCCGGCUUCGCGCCUCUUACAUCUCGCUCGAUGCAGCAGUACUCAGCUCUCUCCGUUCCGGAGCUGACCCAGCAAAUGUUCGACGCCAAGAACAUGAUGGCCGCUUGCGACCCAAGACACGGAAGAUACCUCACCGUCGCUGCUGUCUUCCGAGGCAGAAUGUCCAUGAAGGAAGUCGACGAGCAGAUGCUCAGCGUCCAGAACAAAAACAGCUCGUACUUCGUCGAGUGGAUUCCAAACAACGUCAAGACUGCGGUCUGCGACAUUCCUCCGAAGGGGCUCAAGAUGUCCUCGACAUUCAUUGGCAACACCACCGCCAUUCAGGAACUCUUCAAGCGAAUCAGCGAACAGUUCAGCGCUAUGUUCAGAAGAAAGGCUUUCCUUCAUUGGUACACCGGCGAGGGCAUGGACGAGAUGGAGUUCACCGAAGCUGAGUCCAAUAUGAAUGAUUUAGUAUCCGAGUACCAACAGUACCAGGAGGCUACCGCUGAAGAAGACUUUGAAGCCGAAGAGGCUGCUGAUGACUUUGAAACUUGCGAGCAAGAGUAGUCUAGACUGAUUUUUUUAAUAUUAUUUAUCCAAUUAAAUUCAUUAAUUGGCUUAUUUAAUUUUUUUUUUAGUUAUUUUAUACGAGUUUUUGUAUAUUGAUGUUUGUUUUAGUUUUAAAUUUAUUUGCUUUGAUAAAUUUUAACUAUUGAGUAA